UCGCUCGCUGUGUCUCUGCCUCUGUGUCUCCCCCUGUGUCUGUCCCUCUUGUCUGUCCGCCUGUGUCUGUCUCUGUCUUUCUCUCAGUCAGUAUUUCUGCCUCUGGACACCCUGAAGGAAUGAACCCACGUGACCAAACGGGGCGGUCGAUCAGGAGCUGAAAAAAAAGCCAUUUUGUGUGAGGAGUCUGUAGUAACAGCUCCAGCCAAACACUGUUUCUUCGCUCGAUUAGUCGCACGAGAGACGGCGGGGGGCCGACGACCAGAGUCCAUUGCAGCUAAAAUGCACAGAACCACCCGGAUCAAAAUCACAGAACUGAAUCCUCAUUUGAUGUGUGCCCUGUGCGGGGGAUAUUUCAUAGACGCCACAACUAUCAUUGAAUGUCUACACUCUUUUUGUAAAACUUGUAUCGUUCGCUAUUUGGAGACCAACAAAUAUUGUCCCAUAUGUGAUGUGCAGGUUCACAAAACUAGACCCCUCCUUAGCAUUAGGGCCGAUAAAACAUUACAAGACAUAGUUUAUAAAUUAGUUCCGGGCCUUUUCAAAGAUGAGAUGAAGAGGCGGAGAGACUUCUACGCGGCCCAUCCCUCAGCAGAUGUCACGAAUGGUUCAAACGAAGACCGUGGGGAAGUCACAGAAGAAGAGAAAAGAAUUAUUACAGACGAUGAAAUCAUUAGUUUGUCUUUAGAGUUUUAUGAAGGCAACAAAUCAGAAAAGAAAGAAGCCCCACAGACUGAAGACACAGACAAGGCUAACAGUGUACGGUACCUGCGAUGUCCUGCUGCAAUGACGGUGAUGCAUUUGGGAAAAUUUCUACGGAAUAAAAUGGAUAUUCCCAGCAAUUUUCGAAUUGACGUUAUGUAUGAAGACGAACCCCUCAAAGAUUACUACACACUUAUGGAUAUAGCAUAUAUCUAUACGUGGAGACGGAAUGGCCCUUUGCCUCUGAAGUACAAGGUUCAGCCUGCCUGCAAACGGUUAAAACUCAGUCACCCGAGCGAGGACUUCGCUAACACCAGCAUAAACUCGGAGAGUGACUCAGUGAGCGACAAGGGCAGCCCAGCCGCGGUCCCUUCCACGUCUUCUUCGCUGCCAAGCCCAGGCACGCCGGCCCUGUCUCCCAAUCCGCAGUAUCCAGUUGCAGCUGCCUCUAUCGUGAACGGCAACACAAACUGUCACCAGAUGCCUCCAUCUGUCGGCAGAGGCCGCAAAGUGACUGUUAACGGCUCGGCAGCCCCUGCUUCCUGCUGAAAGCUGGACCAAGUGAAUGUCAACCAACAAACGAAAGGGACUCGCCUGUAUAUUGAACGCGGCGCGGCCAACAUCGCAAACUGGCUCCUGUGCCGUUUAUUAAAUGUAAUAUAUAUAUUCUGUUUAGCAAUAUGGGUAUUGUCAGAAACAUUUGUAUUCCCUGCACAGGUUUGUAAAUGUAAACGGACAGAACACAUCUCCACGAUGGGCUCCCAAACCACUUUGGGGUGUCACCGUUCAUUUCCUCUAACUGCAGAUGUCGAGUACAGUCGAUUCCUCUUAAAUGAAGGAGCAUUGGACCGCAGGAUACAAUUUGGUCGCCACGUGUGUUUACUGAGAGAUCAGGCGUAGAUGUGUUUUUUCUCUAAACCCUGUAUAUUUCAAACUUUGCCUUAAAGCCAGUCUCAUGAGUCACAAUUGUUAAAAGGGGAACAUUGUAUUCAAACUGGUAUUGUGACAAAGUGAUCGCGAUUAACUUUCAAUCUCAUUCAGAUGGAUGGUGUUGUAGCCAAUUAAAGUUGACCAGAUCCAGGAGUCACGUGUUGGAAGAUGCAAAGCAAACAACUUUCCUCUGCCUGGUAUGAGGAAGAUAUUUUUCUCUCUCUCACAUGUGACAGUGUGUAUUAGUCCGAUAAAACAGUCAAAAAACCUGAGACAUGUGUACAUGUAAACCAUUAUGUAGAGAACCCCAUUUUAAAACCUUUAUGGGACUUAGAAUGGCCUAGAGACUAGUUUAUAUUCUAACUCCAGCUUUGGGGUCUGUGGUAACAUAUUCAGUACAUACUUUAAACUAGUAGACUAUGCCGUUUUAUUUCACCAAUUUUUGGUUUUAACGAUAGUUGUGGGGGGGAGAAAAACGUUUGCUGACCAAUGGUUGCGAAGCCACAAAUUUCUGAUCUCAAUUAACAGAAAUAUAGCCGGAUCUCUCAACAACUCACCUUCAGCCCUGAAAGAAAUUCUUCCAGAAUGCGUUCACUGGUCACCUCCAUCCUUCUCCAACAGUUCAAAUAUUCAAUGCAAAAAUGUAAGACAAUUCCAAAAAACUGGUUUUGGUUGCUUAAUACAAAUUGUGAUGUUUUUUUCUUCAUUUACUCAAUUAAUUGAAGUCGACUGUACAAUCUAGCAUUUCAAUGCUUACAUUUUUUUAGUCUGGGGUGGGUGUGUGUGUGUGUGUUAUUGAGAGAGAGAGAAAUAAAACACAAGUGUGAGAGUCAGCGAAACGCCUGAAAUGAAAUGAUAAGUCUGUCCUGCUAACGAUUUGCUACGACGAAACAGCACAAAGGAAAUGAGUUCAGAAUGAACAUUGUUUCAUAAAUUUUAUUUUAUGUUUUGAUAAACCUAUUAAAUCACUCUAGAAGCCUAUUUACUUUAAUUAUAAACACCUUCCCAUGUUUAAAAAUAACCUUUCGAUUGUAGAACGGUAUGACAGCUAUUCGGUUAAAAUAAUGACAAUAUCCAUUUAUUUUCUAAAGCAAAAAAAACAUAUUGAAUAAAGUUUUGAAAGGAAUGGACAC